GUUUCGUCAUCAGAGAAGCAAUCGUCAGAGUCUGUGGUCUGCCUCUUCGCGAUGGCAGUGAAGAGACAUUACCGUUAGACGAGUGUCCACCGACUGGUUUCCUUGGUGCUUGGAUUGUAAAAGCAACUUGCGCUCUACGUGUGAAUGAACUGUUACAACACGCUUUUUGCGUUAAUUGGUACAUUCAAUUGCUUAGGGCUCACAACCUCAAUCCCAAAUCAUCGUCACUACAACAACCCAGUUCUCGAAAUCAUCAGCAUCGUACGACUGUAAAGAACAGGGAAAGAACCCAACUUGUACCGAGCCGACCACAGCAAUGCCACUCUACGAAAUCCACCACUCCUGCACCCUCACCGCCUCCCAACAAUCCGCCAUCGCCUCCGGCAUCACCUCCCUCCACUGCACCACAUUCUCCACCCCCUCCGCCUUCGUAAACACAACCUUCCACCCGACCUCCACAACCUCCCCUCAAAUCUACGUCGGCGGCUCUCCCCAACGCACAAACUACAUCCUCGGUCACUUGCGCCCGCGCCCCAACAACGCCGAAAAGCUAAGCCAUAUCGUCAAGACAAUAACGGCCAUAUGGAAUGAACAUGCGCGACCAGUGGACAGCAGGGCGCUGCAUAAUGUGUUUUUGAUGGAGGACAUCGUUGCGGGUGCGGAGCAGGGGUUUGUGCUACCGGUUCCGGGGAAGGAUGGGGAGUGGGUAAGGGAGAAUAUGGGGGAGUUUGAGAGGAGGGCGGGGGAUGGGGAUGAGAGUGUGCGGGCUUUGGUGCAGGAGUAUAAGAGUAAAUUAUGA